AUGGCGUCUCCUCCUCCGCCCGGUGUUUGGUCCCCUGCAGUCACUUUUUACAACCCUGCGACUGGCCAACUCGACCUUGAAUCUCAAGAAAAGUACAACUAUUACCUGUCAAAGAGCGGACUUUCCGGCCUUGUGAUCCUAGGCACGAAUGGAGAAGCAUUCCUCCUCACCCGCGAAGAGCGUGCUCGGCUCAUCUCCAAUGCUCGCAAAGCCGUAGGCCCUGACUUCCCUCUCAUGGCCAGCGUGAGCGCCUUCUCCACCAUUCAAGUCCUCGAAUACAUCGACGACGCAUACAAAGCUGGUGCCAAUUACGCGCUUCUCCUGCCUCCUUGCUACUACGACAAAGCCACCACGCCCGCUGUCAUCUCAGGUUUCUUCGCCGAGGUCGCUGAGAAAUCACCACUUCCGAUCAUCAUUUAUAAUGCUCCGGCCGUCUGUAAUGGCAUCGAUUUGGACUCUGAAACCAUCACCGCUAUUACGAAACAAGCAAAGGGCAAAAUAGUGGGUGUAAAGUUGACGUGCGGUAGCGUGGGCAAGAUCUCUCGCCUCUCUGCCUCCCUCCCAUCAUCCACCUUCUCAAUUUUCGGCGGCCAAUCCGACUUCCUCGUCGGUGGUCUCGCGACUGGCUCUGCGGGCUGCAUCUCCGCCUUCGCAAACGUAUUCCCCAAGACUGUGGUACACAUCUACAAGCUCUUCACUUCAGGGAAACAACAAGAAGCGUUGGAACUGCAGAGGAAAGCGGCGUUGGCGGAAAGUCCUUGUAAAGCUGGAACUGCCAGUACCAAAUUUGCGGUCGCGGUGUACAGUGCGGUGGAAGCUGGUGUGCAGGAUGCGGAGGAGAAAUUGAAGCCGAGGAAGCCGUAUGCUGUUGCUCCUGAGGGGGUGAAGCGGAAUAUCAGGGAGCUUAUGGCUGGGAUUGCUGAGGUGGAAGCGUCGUUGUAA